AUGGAUCAGUUAAUCAAGCGUAAUGACACUCCUUUAGAUAGGGAAGAUCCUAUGACGGAGAAGAUCAUUGAACCUUUGAAAUAUCUACAAAACUUACCAGGGAAUAACCGGAAAAUUCGAAUGAUUUUUAUCAAAGCAUUUAAUGAACUUUAUUUCCAUAUUGAGAAUGAAGAAUUGAUCCAGGAGAUGAAUGAAAUUGUUGAUAUGCUUCAUGAUUGUUCAUUAUUGAUCGAUGAUAUUGAAGACAGUAGUGAAUACAGAAGAGGUUCACCAACAGCACAUAUCAAAUUUGGUCAACCUAUUACCAUAAAUUGUUCAAAUUUGAAUUAUUUCAUAGCUAUCAAUAAAGCCAAUAACUUAUCUAGAUUAUAUACCAAUGAUAGGGCCAAACAAGAUGAAAUCAGUUUAAAAGUCAAUAGAGUGAUAGUUGAUGAGAUGUUGAACUUACAUCAUGGUCAAGGGAUUGAAAUCUACUGGAGGGAUAAUAAAAAGACCGUUCCCAUUCCAACUGAACUACAAUAUCUUGAAAUGGCUAUGGAUAAAACUGGUGGGUUAUUAAGAAUAAUAGUUAAAUUACUUGAAUGUUUUGUUCCUUCAGAAUCUUCGAAACACAUAGAAUUAUCUAAUUUAAUAGGAAUAAUCUAUCAAUUACGUGAUGAUUACUUUAAUUUAGUUAGUGACCAAUAUAGUCAUAUGAAAGGAGUUGUAGGAGAAGAUUUGAUUGAAGGGAAGUUUUCUUUCCCUAUCUUGCAUAGUUUGAAUCAUUCUACAACAUCUCCAGUGUAUGAUUUACUUUAUAAUUAUAGUGUUGAACAAAGGAAAGCUCCAGAAAAUCAACCUUUGAUCUUAGCUGCCAUAACUUUCAUGAAAGAACAAUCCAAAUCUUUAGAUUAUACCAACGACUUAUUAAAGGCCAAAUUAAAACAAGCAGAAGCUUUAGUCGAAGGUAAAGGGGAAUUCAUCAAACAUAUCUUUAAUCAGUUAAACGAUACAUAA